AUCAAUAAUUUGUGUUAGGGAGGGUUGGAUACGUGGUUUCGUAAACGAAGUUCGUACAUUUCUGAAGUGUUGACUGCAGGAAUAGUGCAGUAUAAUGAAUCAGAUACGUGAGAUUUGUUUUUAAAUUGGUUUUAAUUAUUCGAUGUGCGAAUGAUUAAACUUUGUUGUUACUUUUUUAACUUGUUAGAGUUUCGACGCUUUUCGCGCUAGAACUGUUGUGAAUUUAUUUAUAAUACAAGCCAAUUCUUCUAGUGUUUUUUAAAACCAAAACAGAAAUGUUGCUCCGCCAAACAUAGUGAUAACGGGGUGAGACACUGGUAUUUGUUAUACGACAAUUGUGACAAAUUUUGCUGUCAUGAACUACUCAGUUGACGAAAGUACGCAGGCUUUACCAUGAGAAAUUCCGCCGGUAUUGUGCUGUACGUAGGUAUUGAACUUACCGAUUUUUAUUAAUCCUGCUCUACUUCACCGUGCCGUGGUUUGUGAAUGAUCGUUCGGCUAUGCACCUUCAUUUUGAGCGCAAUACCAAUGCUAAAUGUGAUUGUGCUAUCCUUUCCCUGACAUGGAUGGGGAAGGUGCCCGAUGAGCUGCCAGAAGAUGAAGGGUGGAAACUGAACCGCACCAAUUACUAUCAAGAAGGCUGGCUGGCAACAGGCAACGUACGGGGAAUUGUCGGCGUCACAUUUACCACGUCACACUGCAAGAAGUCCGUCGACUUCCCACUUAGAACAAACUAUAACCUCCGCGGGCACCGUUCUGAGGUGAUCUUGGUGAAGUGGAAUGAGCCGUACCAGAAGCUGGCCUCAUGUGACAGCUCAGGCAUUAUCUUUGUCUGGAUCAAGUAUGAGGGCAGGUGGAGCAUUGAGCUCAUCAACGAUCGAAACACUCCUGUCACACAUUUCUCUUGGUCACAUGACGGUCGCAUGGCGCUCAUCUGUUACCAGGAUGGUUUUGUAUUGGUUGGUUCUGUGGCAGGUCAGCGCUAUUGGUCUUCCAUGCUCACAUUGGACUCCACCAUCACAUGUGGUAUAUGGACACCUGAUGACCAGCAAGUGUACUUUGGAACAACAGCAGGGCAGAUCAUCGUGAUGGAUGUUCAUGGGGCCAUGGUGUCCCAGGUGCAAUUGAGUAGUGAUGUGGGAAUUACAAUGAUGGCCUGGUCUUGUGAAAAAUUCAAGAUGGAGGAGGGAGAUGAAAGAACUCCUGUAGUAGGGCAGUACACCCCUCCUGCAGAUGGCUGCAUCUUCAUCUUAGCAGUGAGUCUGCAGAAUGGAUAUAUAUUCCUCAUGAAGAGUUUUGAUGAUGUUUCACCAAUCCAAGUGCACACUGGUUUGUGUGGGCCCCUGUGUCUGGAGUGGAGUAACUGUCAUGAGCUCCUGGCUGUAGCUGGCACUAUGCAACAGACAGUUCCUGCCUCUGCUGGGACACAGCAGUCAUCCCCAGACUCCAAAGUGGCUUCUGCACCCACAGUGGAAUAUACCAACAUGCUAAAAUUUUACUCUGAAACUGGUGUGCUCCUCUAUUCGACAAUAAUUCCCUACACCCAGUCUCCAGUGACAGCACUGACAUGGGGUCAUAAUGAUAAACGACUGUUCAUUGCAACGGGGUGUCAGGUGCACAUUGCUUGGGUGUCACGAAGAGUGGCAUCAUUGCAGCUAAUGUGUCGUCUACGCAUUCACUCACAACUAAGGGGUGGUGAAAACAAAGUUACCGCCCUACCUCUGCCUCCUCGGAUCAAGGCUCUCAUCUCAAAUCUGUUUGCUCAAACCAUCAGGUGUUGCGUUCCUGAAUCAUCAGCACUUCGUGAGUUUGUUUCACGACCACCUGCAGGCAGUGUGCGGCUUCACUGCACCAUGAUCCGUCAUGAUGACGAUUCCAACCUGAGCUCAGGUACAUGCUACACACUGUACCUUGAGUAUCUUGGUGGACUUGUCCCUCUUCUCAAAGGCAAGCGCACAAGCAAGAUUCGCCCUGAGUUCGUCAUCUUUGACCCUCAAGUUGAUGAAUUAGCCUUAGCAGCUGAUUCUACUGAUUCAGCAAAGAGUAGCGGUUCAUCUCAGAAUGCUGCAAGUGAUACAUCUGAUACAGAACGUGAAGAUGGUUGUGGUAGUCCCAGGGUACAGAGACGUAAGCGAAGACGCAACAAGUCACACAGUGGAGGUGUUGAUAGGGGCAUGGGCAUUGGUGCUGAUGGGGAACAAGAUGACCUUGCCUAUGUUGACACAUUGCCAGAACACAUUCGGCUUGUUGAGGUCACAUCCAACAUAUGGGGUACAAAGUUCAAGAUUCAUGGACUGGCUUCAUCCGUUCCAGCCAACCUGGGCCAGGUGACGUAUAAAACAUCCCUCCUCCAUCUGCAGCCCCGCCAAAUGACCCUGGUGAUGACUGAACUUCGAGAUGACAUUGCACCAGGUCCAGACCCCAAUUUCAACCCUAAUCUUUUCUCUGAAGAUGAAGAAGAAGUUUUCCAGCAAGAAGAACAUGGUGGUGGUAGAAUGCAACCAGACAUUGCCCCACCUAUUGCCCCCAUGACUCCAAGAUCUCAUCACUCAGUCCCUGGUUCCACAGCAGGAAGAUUUGCUACACAACCACACCCAAAAUCCUCACAAGUCCUACCCCCACCAUACAUCACUGCUCCCAGUAACCAUCAUGUAACCUCAGAAACUAGUGUGACUGUGAAUGACACUCUGGUUCCUGCAUUGGCAAAGGCAGAGUCAUAUGAAGAUGAAUAUCCAUAUGUGGACCUUACUGACAUUGUUCAUUACUGUGAAUCACAACGUGCAGAUGCUGCCUCUUGCUCCUCAGCACCAACUGUAAGAAGCUACAUAGAUAGUUGCACCAGUUCACAAGUGCUACCAGCAUCAAACAGUAUGGUGUACAGUGUUGGGGGAAAUGGUGGGAGCAGUAGUGGGGGCGGAACAUACAACAAUAUGAUAGGUGGUGUAACACAGUACAUGGGGAAGUAUAGUGUUUCAACAGGAGGUUGUGUAAAGGGCACUGCUACUCAGAUAACUCACCACAUUUCCCCACUGAUGUGUGAUGGCACUGUUUCAACACUUCAGUCACCGAAAAAUGCUGUUGCCCCAAGUGAAUUUCUUAUUGACCGUAACCCAGCUUCACAGACUAUAAUGGCAGCUGCUAUAUCCAAUGAUCAUGCAUGUAUAGUCCACAGGAUGAAAUUUAUGUCAGUAGAACAACAGGGUCAGAAUCAAAGUGUGGUUGGUUUGAACCUGAAUCUAGAUUUAUGCACAGUAGAACAGAAUAACAUAGAUAUUAGGCCAGUGGUUAUGAAAAGAGUUGACAAUGAAGGAAGCAACAUCAACAACAACAAUAACAACAACAACAACAACAAGAAGCUGCCUCAAUUAUAUAAUGUAAGUUUAUGUGACAGUACUUCUGGAACAGAUGUAGCUAUUAUUCCAACUAACAGUGUCAUACACAGUGCAUCCACUUCUCCUAUGAAACCAAUAAACAGCAACAAUAAUGUGAUCAAUGUGGAGAAAAGAAAGGAGAAGUAUUAUUCAAACAAAUCAAGCCCCAGCGGAAACCAAGUGGGAACUCCAGGCUCAAAAUGGUGCAUGGGGAAACCAGAAGACCUUCUUUACAUUGAUGAAGAUGGAGUAUCUGCCCCUAGUGAACUGCCUACUCCAGAUAGAGGGAAUGUGAAGAGAACACCUACCAUCAUCCCAAUAGCACCAUGUCCUCCAGCUUGUCUGGCAGACUCCAUGGUUCGAAGCUGCAGUGUUGGAUAUCUGGAUUUGGUGGAUGCACAGCUUGUCCCUAGUGAUGUGGCACAAUUAGUAUUUCGAAAAGAGGCACCAAAACGCCUGGUGUUGGUAAAUAGGAAGAACAAACAAAGAAAACACAAGAAUAGAGGUCAACAUGCUCAGGAGUUGAGCAGUAGUGGAGCUGAAGACAGGAAUGUGUCUAGUACAUCCAGACCACUGAAACUGAAAAACUGUGGGAAGAGCAGAAGUCUUGACUCCAGUGACAUCUUCCCUCCAAACAAUUUUACCAACCAAAUUCCAUCCAAAAAUGAGAAGGUUCCAACAGAAUUACUCCAGGGAAGAUAUCACCACCAGAACCAAAUACCACUGGUUGCUGUUUCCUCUGUGUCCUCAGCAUCUCAGGAAACAGGUCAGACAGCAACAAUGCCAAAGUCCUCCCCACUCCCUUCUACAUUAUUGCAUGAAAAGACCAAAUUGCCAGUGUUGCCCCCUUCAGAAGGAGGAAACAGUUUGAAUGGGAACUGUGGAACAGACUUGAGUGAAAAGUUGGCAGUUAGGGAAGCAAGUUCUUCACAUUGUCUUGGUGCAGAUGUCUUACCAACUUUUGACAGCCUAGCAAUGAGGUUGAAGUGCAGAGAGCUACUUGAGGAAUCAAGGUCUUUGCCUCCUCCUACUCCAUGUGCUUCACCACGUCUCCCUCGUAGCAGCCCAACUAGCCCAGCCCCUAGCAAAAAAUCUAGCAAGCGCAAUCAAUCUUCUUCUCCUAUCAGGAAACACCUGCUCAAUUCCCCACUGUUGUCAAGACGGCAACGUAAAAGCAAGACGACAGAAAGCUCGGAUGAUGAGGUAGUACAAUCAGGAGAUGAGGUGUUCAGUGGAAAGAAUUACCGUGAUCUUGAGAGCUUCCAGAAAGCUCAGCUGAGGCAGAAGUUGAAACGUGGAAAGUGCAAAGUAGAUUGCCCUGAAGGUAGUCCGACUCCACAGAAACCUCGACGGAGGGAAUUUGUGAUGCACAAUAAGGCACCCAUGUGGAAUGAGAACAGUCAGGUAUACCAACUUGACUUUGGAGGUCGAGUUACCCAAGAGUCAGCCAAGAACUUCCAGAUUGAGUUCAGAGGGAAGCAGGUGAUGCAGUUUGGACGUAUUGAUGGAAAUGCUUAUACAUUAGACUUCCAGUAUCCAUUCUCUACAUUGCAAGCAUUUGCAGUGGCACUUGCUAAUGUAACACAAAGGCUCAAGUGAAUUCUACUGGGUAUUUUUUGACAUAUCACAGAUCCACCAAACUUGUUCUAUUCAGUAUGAUAUUGAGAAUGGAUGGAUCAUGCAGGCUGUGAAUUGCUAAACAAACAACCAAUUGCCAAACGGGCUGUUGUGUGGUCAACCCAAAUGACAGCUGGGGAAAUGGAAAGUUUCUGCAUGUCGACCACUAUAAAACACACACUUCAGUCCCGUGCUCACAAACCAGCAGAUAUAAUUUCAAGUUCUAAAAACUCGUUCUAGUCACACAUCUCUCUAUAAUCUUGUCAAGAAUAUUUACUUCUGCUCAUUAUGCUGCAUUUUUUAAAUAUUUGAUCAAGAAUUUCCAUGAAUGUACAUCAGUGAAUGCAUAUCUGCAGAACAUCAUUUUAAGCAGUGUUUUCCUCCAUUCAUUUUGCCUAAGGUUGUGUCUUUUGUCUUUAGAUCUCAUAUCCUUUAGGCCUAUGUAUGUAACUUUACUUCAUUCCAGAAGAGUUUCAGGAAUGCUUUACGUCCAGAAGUUUUUAAAAUGAACUGAGGAAACAUUUAAACAGUAACUGCAGUUAACAGUUGUAUUGGUUUCAUAUGUACUCGUAUGAUAUAAAACUGAAGAAAAAUCUGAUAGACUGAAGAAUUUUUUGAAUGGAUAUCUUUUGCAGUAUUGUACUGAUAGUGAAUCUUAGCCAUAAAAGUUAUGUUUCUUUUAUGUUUGACUGUAUCAUCAAAAUGCAAUCAAUAGAGAGUUUGUGCUUUGAGACUUAGGUUUCAGUGGUCUGAGUCUGUAUGCUUUAUUGAGAUGUUUUGUUGUAAUGUUGAUAAGGUAUGACUACUCAAGAAGUUGGGAACUAGUCCAUUGUUUGCAACAUGUAUUAUAAGGCUUAAUAUAAAUUAGCUGGUAAAAAUAAUUUCACAGUCAGGUUGUAGGUUCAGUGAAAUGAAAUUAUGAGGUGCAGGUUUACCAGAUGUUGCUGUCACACUCAGAAACAGAGGUUUAUAGAUGCUCCCUAACUUGAUAGCACAUCAUAUUAAAAUGUUCUGCAUAUAUUUUUGUUAUAACACAGUUUCAUGGUACAGAUAUUUUUAAAAACCAAUAUCUGUAUUAGGGAUAUUUUCAAAUGAAUGAAACAUAGUAGUAUAAAUAUAAUUUAUGAUUCACACUGGAGACCUCACUGAAGUAGUCAAAUUGUCACCACUUGACAAUUAUUCAUUUCCAAUACAGUGAUGACAUGAUACUACCUAACAGAGCUUAUGUGAUGCUUGAUGCAUGUAAAAUAAAAAAAUAUUCACUUAAAGUGGUAAUAACUUCUACAAUAUUAAGAUAAGUUUUCACCUUAUCUGUAGUUGUUUGAGAAUUUGGCAGUUCUUGCAUUCAGAACAUGACAAAAAGUUGGCCUUUCGUGUUAUAUGUGACUCUACACUAAGAAUUACUGCCAUGAGGACAGCAAAUCCAAUUGAGUAUUUGUGAUUGUCUGAACAAAUUAAUCAUGGACUUUCUCCCUAGAGAGUAUGAGAAAGAUUAUUAAAUACAAUGUUUGGUGAGUGUUCAGUCUCUUCUUUCUAUGUACAGUGUGUUUUAUAUAAAAUCCUUUUGCAUCUAAGUUGGUUUCUUGUCACCCUUUCUGGCUGGUCACCAGGUGAACAUACUCAUAUAAGCUCUGUUUUAAUGCAUAAAGCAAUCUAUGACCAAUACUGUUUAAUCAUUGUUUAAUUAUAGUUUAAUGCAUAAAGUGAUCUUCAUUCCAUAGGACAGUGAUAAACAAUAAGAUAUGCUUCUGAUGUUAUAUCAUUACAUUUUCAGAACCUGAUUAAUGAAAAUUAAGAUAAUUUAAUAUUUUAUUGCAGUACAUUAAUUUUCUGUGUCAGUUAUAUUGUUAAAGUGUACUGUAAUUGUUUUAAAAACUGGGAAGUAUUACAGAAAAAUGUUUGUAAGAAAAGUCUUCUUUGUGUUCAGCAUGAAUAUAUAUUUAUAAUAUUGUCAUAAUAAAUAAGCAGUUUCAUUAUUUCAGUGCAGUUCAUUUUAUGAAAAUCCAGACACAAUAUGCACUUUUGCUGGUAAGAAUAUAAAAUAAUAAAAGACAUAGAAGAAGUUAGUAAAAUUCAAUAUCCAGAAAAAACAAAUUUCCAGUGGAACAUGUUCUUUGUCUCACAGUCUGCUGAUAAAAAGCCAAAGUACAUGACUGUCAUAACAAUUCAGGCUUCCAAUUUCUGGGUCAUGGCCAUGCCAUGACUUUCAAUACAACACUCAGUGUAGCUAGUUGAGGCAGUCUGCUACAAGCUGGAUGGUCACAGAUUCAAUUCCUGAUGAGGUUGUUUGAUUUUUCAUUGACCUCAUUCUUCUAGCUGCACUAUGGCCCUGGGGUCAACCCAGCAUCUAACAGAAAUGAGUACCAGGA